AUGGCCCCCGCCCUCGUCCAAGACUCGCCCGAGGCGCCCAGCUCGCUCGUUGGGCACGAGAAGCCGACCGUAUACCUGCUCGACGACUUCCACCCCGAGGUCAUGGCCUACUGCAAGCGCAACUUCAACGCCAUCACAAGGACCCACCCGGGCCACGGCCGGUGGCGGGAGGAGGCGCGCUACCUCUUGGUCCGGGGCUCGUACGUGACAGCCGCCGACGUGGCCGCCUGCCCCAACCUGCGCGCCAUCGGCAAGCAAGGCGUCGGCAUCGACAAGAUCGACGCCGCCGCCUGCGCCGCCCGCGGCAUCCCCAUCCUCAACACCCCCGGGGUGAACGCGCGCGCCGUCGCCGAGCUCGUGCUGGCGCUGGCGUCGGCCGUGGCGCGCCAGGUCGGGUCCGUGGCGGCCAAGCAGGCCGCCGGCAAGCCGGUGCCCAAGGAGACGUGCGGCGGCCUGCUGCUGCACCGCAAGACCAUCGGCAUCUUGGGCAUGGGCAACAUCGGGCGGCAGGUGGCCGGCAUCUUCCGCGGCGGGUUCGAGGCCGACGUGGUGGCCUACGACCCGUUCCUGCCGGCCGACGCGUGGGCCGACAUCCCCCACACGCGGGCGGCGUCGGUCGACGAGGUGCUGCGGUCGUCGGACGUGGUCACGGUGCACAUGCCGCUGACGCCCGAGACGCGCGGGCUCAUCUCGUACGAGCAGAUGCGGCUGAUGCGCAAGACGGCCAUCCUCAUCAACACGGCCCGCGGCGGCAUCAUCAGCGAGACGGACCUCGAGCGCGCCCUGUCCGAGGGCCUGAUCUGGGGCGCCGGGCUCGACUGCCACGAGGAGGAGCCGCCGAGCAAGGAGAGGUACGGGCGGCUGUGGGAGCUCGGCGUCGUCAGCACGCCGCACAUUGGCGCCGCUACGGGCGAGACGCAAAUGCAGACGGGCAUGAGGGCGGCCGAGAGGAUAAUGGAGUUUAUCGAAGCAGAAAGGAAGCAGAAGCAGUAG